AUGGUAAAUCAGGAUGAUGAUGUUUUUGAUGAUAAAACUAUUCAACGUUUUGAUGCUGAUACCAUCAAAAAUCGGUAUGGAAGUAAUUGGAAAAAUUUUGCUUCAAAUGUACGUGAAAUAACUCAACCUGAUGGGUCAAUUAUCAAAGAAUAUAUUAUUGAAGAUCCAAGUUUACUUGAACAAAAUAAAAUAUCAUCACAACCAAUCAAUUCAACAUUAUCAACACCAACAACAACAAUUUCUGAUGAUGAUCAACAACAACAACAGCAAUCAUUAAAAAGUAAAUUUGCUCAAAUUAAAGCAAAAUUUGAACAAAAAAAUCUUUCAAAUGUUAUGACAUCACCAUUCAGUUCAUCAAUACAUAGUAGUAAUACGACAGCACGUGAAAAUUCUAGAAAACAAACUGAUGAUUUAUAUGCAAGACAUAGACGAGCAUCAAAUGAAUCAAUACCUACUCGUAGAAUAAAUAAUAUUAAUAAUAAUAAUAAUUCAAUAAGUGCUUCCAAUCGAUCUACUGAUAGACAUAAUAAUUAUCAUCGUUCACAAUCAAUUACAACUGAUAGAUCAAAAAUAAGUUCAUUUAGACGUUUUGAUUCUGCUGAUGAAGCUGAUGAAGAAGUUCGACAAAUUCAUCGACAAGGUGAAGAAUUACGUCGUUAUAGACAACAAUUUACUCCUAUACUAUCAACCAAUGAUAAUUCACAACAAUCUCGUAUUCAAUAUGAAAUAGUUGAUGAAGACGGAAAUCCUCUGGUUAUUAAUGAUGUUCAAGAUUUAAUUAAAAUGUCAGGUGCACGUGCUCGAGAAAUUACACAAUCAGAUGGAUCAGUUAUUAAAGAAUAUGUUAUAGAUGAUCCCGAAGUAUUAUCGAAAUUUCAUUCUCAACAUGAUCAUCAUCACCAACACCAGCAACCACACCAACCACACCAACCACACCAACAACAGCAACCACCAAUGACUUCAUCCUAUACUCAACAACAAAUUAUUGAUGAAGAAGCUCCACCACCUCCACCACGUAUUCCAUUGCGGCCAUCAAUAUUAUUUCGUCAAGGACGAUCUUCAAAGAAUGAUAAUCUUUCAUAUAGUAUUCAACAAAUUCGUGUUCUUGAAGCACAACGUCGUUAUGAAUAUUUAACAAGAACAGGUCAAUGUAUUCAAUUUAUUAUAACGAAUUCUGAUAGUUUUAAUGGACAAUUUAUAACUGAUUCCGAUAUUCGUGAAUUAACACAUGCUAUUAAUAAUCGUCUUUUACCAUCAUCUAAUUCUAUUCUACAACAACAACAACAACAACAACAACAAUAUCAUCAACAACCAUCGACACAAAUACAAUAUAAUAAACCUAAACAAUGGCAUCCAUUAGUUGAUUUCACACAUCGACAACGUAUUGGUUCCGAUAAUCAACCACUUUCUAAUAAUAAUUUUCAAGAAACAAAAACAAAUUUAUCUCGUUCAGCAUCUCAUGGUCAACUUAAUCAAGAAUUUUAUGAUACAAAAAAUCAUCAACAAAUUAUGAAUGAAUCAAUUAAUAAUAGGAAUGGAUUUCAAUAUCAAGAUUCACAUAGUCAAAUAAUAAAUCAAGGCCAUCAAAAUCAAGAACUAUUUCAAACACCAGCACAAUUUUUACCUCCAAAACAAAGAAAACAUUCAAUGCAUUCACCACCAAUAAAUAAUAAUCAUCCACCGGUUUUUUAUUCACAGUCAACAACUUAUCCAUAUCAAGGACAACAACAACAUGGUGUUCGAAUUCUUAAUGAUUUAAAACAACGACAUACACUUAAUAUGACUGAUGAAUACAAUAGAAUUUAA